AUGCCCGACCGGAAGAUCCAGCUCGUCCGCCUGGCGCACGUCUUCUACAAGCACAAGAACAUUGAAGAAGCUCGUAAAUUUUACGACGACUUUGGCUUUUACGAACUCGAGCGCAAAGGGAACAAGACAUUCUAUCGAGGCUAUGGUACCGAGCCCUUCGUGUUAUGCGCCGAAGAGGCGGAGGAGGACGAGUUCGGAGGUCCGGCCUUCGUUGUGGAGUCUCUGGAAGACCUUGAGUACGCGUCCAAGACAUUGCCAAGCGCAACAGAAAUCCAUGAUCUCAAAGACGUGCCGGGCGGCGGUAAAUGUGUGACGUUCAAAGAUCCCGUCGACGGCUGGCCACUGCAUCUGGUGUACAACCAGACGCCAAUUGAGAAGAGGGAUCCAGGAUUUCCGAAUCUCAAGUUCAACUUCCCGGAAGAGAAGCAUCGCGAUGUCAACAAGAAGCAGCGUUUCACCAAGCGCCCAGCACCGGUUCACAAGCUGGGCCACUUUGGUGUGUGUCUGACCAACUUUGACAAGGCAUACGAGUUUUACACUAGCAACUUUAACCUGUACCCAAGCGAGCUCGUCCACGCCCCUGACAAUAAGGACAAGAGCGUUACCGUGUUUUUCCGCCUAGCACGUGGCAAGGAAUUUGUCGACCACCACUGCUUCUUCUUCCUUGAGGGCCCCAAGUUCCACGUCCACCAUUCCUCGUUCGAAACGCACGACUUUGACACCCAGGUGCUGGGCCACGACUGGCUGAGAGAGCAGGGUCACAAGCUUUGUUGGGGCGUAGGCCGCCAUAUAAUGGGAAGCCAGAUCUUUGAUUAUUGGUUCGACCCCUCCGGUUUCAUCAUGGAGCACUACGUUGAUGGGGACCUGCUCGACGACACGGAGAAGACGCACCACACUCCCGCAGCGCCGGAUAAUCUACACAUCUGGGGUCCGGAGGUGCCUGCGACUUUCCUGGCGUGA